UUACAGCUUACAGCUUCAGUAGGGUGCAGUGUAUAAUAAUAACUUUAUGUGCGUGUAAAUCUAAUUCUUAAGACGAUAUAUUUGUUUAUGUAACCAUUUUAAUGGCAGCGAGUGUAGGACUGGCCAUGAAUCCGCCCCAUGCAACAGAAGAAAGGGCGGUUUUCACGCAGCUGAAGCCGGUGAAGUUACCUGGAGCGGAUGGCGCUGAGGAUACGUCCGUGUUUGACGACGUCAAACCCGGGGCUCGACAAGAGUUGGAGAAAUACUUCCCUCAAGUCAGCAAUUCUCUCUUGAGUACCUUUAUUGACACUGGAGACAAGAAGUACAGACGCGACAGUGCCUCUGUAGUUGAUGAGUACUUCUCAGAAGACAAAUCUGCCACCCCUUACAGCCUUAACAUCAAUCUCAUCCUUCCCAGCACCACUCACCUCCGCACAGGCCUCUACCGGUCCAGCACCAAGACCCUCACACCCCAGCAGAUCAAAACAGAACCUGGGCUGGAGGCACCCUGCUCUAUCUCCACCACCACCGCCACCACCCAGGCCUUGCCAGACUUCACCUCUGUGUUCAGCAUGCCGCCUGUAGUCAACAACGUUUUCAUCAAACCAGACAUGAGCUCUGGAGGAGUGGUGGGUGUUACCACAGGCUCGCAGCAGCACCAAAAUUUGGACACAGAGCUUCACAUUGGGCCCCCACCCCCCCAGCCGCAGGUCUACCACAUGCCCAUCACCAGCUGUGCCGACCUCAACAUGACUCUGUCACACACCAGUUCAUCAGCGCAUAGCUCCAGCAACAGCAGGGCCAUGCUGAACAUCGGCUGCAUUGCAUUACCAACAACCAACAGCAAUUACAUGAUGGCAGAACACCAAAUGCCACAGCCCCAUGGUUACUACCAGGCCACUCCCAAUUCAUCUCAGCACACAGCACCCCACAGCCUGCCACCCUCACCCCCAAACUCCCAACCAGGAAGUCCAGAUGGCCAGGCUGAGCUGCUCAGCUUAGCACCCCAAGCACCGCCUCCAUACCAGCAUCGUCUGGGAGGAAUAAAGGUGACGGGGUUGUCUCCUCACGCCAUGCUGAUGACACAUGGCCAGGGUGUCCUGACAGGUCCCAAAUAUAACAGGCGGAACAAUCCAGAGCUGGAGAAGAGAAGAAUCCACUUCUGUGACUACCCAGGCUGCACCAAAGUUUACACAAAGAGCUCUCAUCUGAAGGCACACCAAAGGACACACACAGGUGAGAAGCCGUACCGUUGUACAUGGGAAAACUGUGACUGGCGUUUCGCCCGGUCCGACGAGCUCACCAGACACUACCGGAAGCACACUGGGGCCAAGCCUUUCAAAUGUGUCGCUUGCAGCCGCUGCUUCUCACGCUCCGACCACCUGGCCCUGCACAUGAAGCGUCACCAGAAUUAACAGAGACAAACCUGUAUAUACAAACACACACAAUCACACACGAAUACAGCAGUAUCCAUACGUACAUGACAGCCACCUGACCCUAACGGCAGUAAAGGAUUCCCGAACACACAGAGCACCAAAAUCCUCACUGUGCUACUAUGUUUAUUCUAAUGCUCCAUUCUAAACUGACAUGAGUGCUAGCAGCCAUCUAAUGGUAUCUGACCUAAUGAAAAACUACCAUCACAGACACUUUGAGUUUGUUGGCAGGUGGGAAGCCAGCGAGUGAUCACACAUCCUUGUCGCUGCACUUAAAGCACAGAUUGUUCACUGGAUAGAUCUGACGGAAAUGGAGUGAGCUCCCCUCAUACUGUAUGAUAGUGAAACCUCUUUAACAGUCAACAUACUGUUUACUGAGCUAAUGCAGGGACUCAGUGAUGAUUUUAGUGUCUGUUCUCACAUUGAAGAGUUGAAUUGUGUUUAUUUAAAGCUUGCACUGGUUCAACUCCUUAACAAUCAAUGUAUAAUCAUAUUUACACACUUGCCAUUCAAUACAUAGUGCAAAUAUUACAGUCAUCAGAACUGUGGUGCCAGGCUCCUACGAUGGAUUUGGCACUCCUUCUGAUUACAUCUUGGAAACACGUUCUUCUCCUGUACACAACAAACUGAACUAUUUGUACACAUUUCUGCUGCCAACUGCAUCAUCAACACUGUCAUGUUUUAUCAUUUUGGGGUUUGAAGGUGGAAACGUAUUUUCGUGUU